AUGGCUGACCGUGGCAGAGGAUUCGGUAGAGGCAGAGGUCGUGGACCACGCCGUGGCAGACAAACCAAAGACGAGAGCAAGGAGUGGGUUCCAGUAACCAAGCUUGGCCGUCUUGUGAAGGCAGGCAAGGUCAAGUCAAUGGAGGAGAUCUACUUGUUCUCAAUUCCUGUCAAGGAGUACCAAAUUGUCGACUUCUUCUUGCCAAAGCUCAAGGAUGAAGUUAUGAAGAUUUCUCCAGUUCAGAAGCAAACUAGAGCUGGUCAACGUACACGCUUCAAGGCUUUCGUUGCAAUUGGUGACUCUGAUGGCCACGUUGGUCUCGGUGUCAAGUGCGCAAAGGAAGUUGCAACCGCUAUCCGUGGUGCAAUGAUCGCAGCAAAGCUUGCGACUAUUCCAGUCAGACGUGGCUACUGGGGUAACGCUCUUGCUGAACCACACACAGUCCCUUGCAAGGUUUCUGGUAAGUGUGGUUCCGUCAUGGCUAGGUUGGUUCCUGCUCCAAGAGGUACCGGUAUCGUCGCUGCUCCUGCUUCAAAGAGGAUGUUGCAAUUAGCUGGUAUUCAAGACUGUUACACUCAAACCAAGGGUAACACUUCAACCAUGGGUAACUUUAUCAAGGCCACCUUCCAAGCUAUCUCUGGUACUUACGCUUUCCUCACUCCAAACCUCUGGCGUGAUAUUGCUCCACCACAGCAUCCAUUUGAAGAGCACUCAGCUCACCUUCAACUCGCACAAAAGCGUUCAGCUUACUAA